ACGUGAAUGAAGCCGGCUAGUCACUCGAAGGUGGGCCCCACCGCCCGCACAUCUCGUCCCGUGCGGCGCCGGCCCCAGUUGCAGCCUCCGCCCGACGCACACUCGCAGACAGAUCUAUCUCCCUCACUCACUCGUGCUCCCUCUCCCUCCCCGUUCGGCCGGCAAUCCCAGCCAUCGACCGGCCGAUCCCUCCACCCGUCCCUCCCGUCCCAGCGGCCCAGGCCCCACCGUAAGCGCGGCGAUGGGCGCCGGGGCGCGGGCGCGGGCGACGGCGGCCGCGCUGCUGCUGGUGGCGGCAGCGCUCGCGGGGGUGGCCGCCGGCGGCGACAUCGUCCACCAGGACGACGACGCGCCCAAGAUCCCCGGCUGCUCCAACGACUUCAUGCUCGUAAAGGUGCAAACUUGGGUCAAAAACAGAGAGACCGAUGAGUUUGUUGGUGUUGGUGCUCGGUUUGGCCCCAUAAUAGAGUCAAAGGAAAAGCACGCGAACCGGACAGGACUACUAUUAGCAAACCCUUUUGAUUGUUGUACCCCUCUCAAAGAAAAGGUUGCUGGAGAAGUUUUGCUAGUGCAAAGAGGAGAUUGUAAGUUCACUACAAAAGCUAAGGUUGCUGAAGAUGCUGGUGCUUCUGCUAUUGUAAUCCUGAAUAAUCGGCAUGAGCUAUACAAGAUGGUUUGUGAUCAAAAUGAAACUGAUCUGGAUAUAAAUAUACCUGCAGUUCUUCUGCCAAAAGAUGCAGGCACCAUUUUACAGGGUCUUCUCUCACUUGGUAAAGUGUCAGUGCAGUUAUACUCUCCAGAUCGACCCCUAGUUGAUACGGCAGAGGUGUUUCUAUGGCUUAUGGCUGUUGGUACCAUUCUUGGCGCAUCAUACUGGUCAGCAUGGAGUGCUCGAGAAGCACUUAUUGAACAAGAGAAACUUCUAAAGGAUGGCCAUGAAAGUUCAGUUAACAUUGAGGCCGAAGGUUCUACUGGUAUGGUAGAUAUCACCAUGACGUCGGCAAUGCUGUUUAUUGUGGUUGCAUCACUGUUUUUGGUAAUGCUUUACAAAUUGAUGUCUCACUGGUUUGUGGAGCUCCUGGUGGUUAUAUUUUGCAUUGGUGGUGUAGAGGGUUUGCAAACAUGCUUGGUGGCUUUAUUAUCAAGAUGGUUUAAACCUGCCGCAAGAUCAUUUGUAAAAGUGCCAUUUUUUGGAGCUGUUUCAUACCUUACAUUGGCAGUUUGUCCAUUUUGCAUCGUCUUUGCUGUUUUAUGGGCUGUUUAUCGCCGGAUGCCCUAUGCAUGGAUUGGGCAAGAUGUUCUUGGCAUCGCACUGAUUGUUACUGUGAUCCAGAUUGUGAGGAUACCUAAUCUUAAGGUGGGGUCUGUUCUUCUCGGCUGUUCCUUCUUGUAUGACAUCUUCUGGGUUUUCAUAUCCAAGAUGUUGUUCCAUGAGAGUGUAAUGAUUGUGGUUGCACGUGGUGAUAAUACUGACGAAGAUGGUGUACCCAUGCUGUUAAAGAUCCCACGCAUGUUUGAUCCAUGGGGUGGAUACAGCAUCAUAGGCUUUGGUGAUAUCCUUCUUCCAGGACUGCUGGUUGCUUUUGCACUAAGGUACGAUUGGGCUGCCAGGAAGACCUUACAAUCUGGUUACUUCCUGUGGUCAAUGGUUGCGUAUGGUUCUGGUCUUCUGAUCACCUACGUUGCCUUGAAUCUUAUGGAUGGGCACGGGCAACCGGCUCUUCUUUACAUCGUGCCCUUCACGCUCGGAACUUUCAUAUUGCUCGGUAAAAAGCGGGGCGAGCUCAGGAACCUCUGGAUGAAAGGACAGCCUCCGAGAGUCUGCACGCAUUCGCAUCAUCCUCUGAAGGACUCCACGGACUCCGCUUCUCAUGUAAUCUCAUCAUAGGUAGCGGCUCCCCGAAUGCUGCAUCGUAGGGCAAUGGUUCCUUGUCUGGAGGUGAAAGCACGGCUCCGCGGAUCUGUUGUGUGACCCUGUUCCGUGGGUGUAGUAGCAUCUAAUAUGGAUCUGUUGUCAUUAGAACCAAUCCAUUAGAAUUGUAUAUAGAUAGAGCCUUGUCGUUUGCUUCUCUUGUUGUUGUUUCA